AUGAAUUUGUACCUGUCAGUCUUGCCAUUGUUCAAGUCAUUCAUCUUGAUCUUCGAACAGAAGCAACCAAUGUGCCAUCGCCUCCAUGAUGAAAUGGUUGACUUAUUCAAGCACUUCUUCUCCCUAAAACACUCUGUAAGAGAUGAACAGAAAAAAACUGUUCGUGAAUUCAGAACCUUGGUUGGGGAAGCCUACAUCAGUUCUGCAGUCUACAUGCAAGCAAAAUUUCCAGUGCACAAUUUGCUGUUAAGGUACCUAUCUGCCAUUGAUCCUGCUGUGCAGGGCCAUUCACAGACAUUUCCUGCCUUGAAGAAAAUAGGUGAACUUUUCACAACUGGAAUAACAGACACUGAGAAGGAUGCAUACAGACAUGAGGUCUCUGCAGUUCAAACAAACACAAGUCUGCCUCCUACCAAAGUGGGAGAACAGAGUGUACAUCUACAUGUAUAUCACUGGGGGACAAAAGUGUUCAAAACACAGAAGUAUCCAACACUAAGCAACGUGAUCAAGGCAUGCCUCAGCAUCUUCACAGGUCCUGAAUACGUGGAGAGAUCCUUCUCCACUGUGAAUGACCUCAUCAGUUCCAAGGCCAAUAGACUUGAAGUGGAUACAUUCUCUCCAAUGCAGUAUAUAAAGUACGAACUGAGCUCAAAGCAUACCACAAGCUUACAGUUGUACCAUAGAAAGGACGUCAUUAAGAGUCCUAUAGACAGAUCCCUCAUCUACCAUAUGCAGACUGCUAAUGGAAGGUACAAGAGGAGGUUGGAGGCAACUAGGACAGAGAAGGAAGCAACUUCCAAGAGAAUGAAAGUGGACAUUGUCAAACAUGGAAACCCAUCUGGAAGAAAGACAGCCAUUCAUAAAACUGCCCAGGAUAUCAAGAGACGAGGAACGCUUGGUGGGAAAAAAUAGUGUCCUAUACCUGUAGUGUAAGUAUGAUUUCCUGGGUCAUAUGCAGGGCUCCUCCUAGCCUUUAGUCACAUUAAUUAGGUCUCAAAGUGGCACAGUUUUCUUAUAAUUGGUGAAUUUUCUGACCCUCUCUACAGAGAUGCCAACUUGUUUAGUUUAGGCCUACAAAUCUCACAUUAAUCUCAAGCUGUAAACGGGAGAAAAUGUCAGGAAAACGUGCCAGAAAAUGCCUCAUAUUGCACCACAGAGCAUCUAGAACCCAAAAUUUCAUCACUGCUUUACACAGACAACUUGUAGUGGCAGUGGAAAGCUGUAUGCAGUGCAGUAUUGCAAAAGAAAUCUUGUUCACAUUAACCAGAAACCUACAAGUACCUAUGUUAUCAGAUCUUGUAAGGUACGGAUAGAGUCAGAAUUGAGCUGACUCCGUGUGGUAUCUCUUGAAAAAUUGCUCAGGUUUCUGAACAGUGGAUAACUACCAUACCAGAAUGGUUGUCUGCUUUAAGUAGUCCAAUAGGGAACCACUGUGUUAAAAUUUUUUAUUAACUCUGCGGAAUUCAGUUACUACUUGUCAGUAUAAAUGCACCCUUAAUGUUGGUAUCUGAACUGCACGUGUUGUAAUGCAAAUUAUUACUUGAAGUUGAUGCAUCUGGUGAUGGAAUUCCAACAGCACAGCUCUCCAUGACUGUAGUAUGGGUUCUGUGCACACUCCUUACCAAUGUCAUUCACCUUCAUGUCUGGUGCACA